AUUGCCAUCGUUUGGCGAUAGAACGUUCCAUUGUGCGACCAGUAUCAUCGGGGAGGUUCGCUUUUCAUACAAAUCGAACGGUACAUCAGCGAGAUGAGAUCGCUCGCUGUCGCGUUGUUGGCCAUCGUCGGUACGUGUCACGCGGCCCGACUAGACAAUACUUACCUUCCUCCGGGCAAUGCAGGCACCGCAGGAGGCGCAGGAUUAAUACAAGCUCCGAAUCGUGGCCACGGUGGUCCAGGUGGUCCAGGUGGUCCUGGGGGACCUGGUAGACCAGGUGGACCAGGCGGACCAGGCGGACCAGGUGGACCGGGUGGACCUGGUGCACCAGGAGCAUAUGGCGGUGGUGGCGGAGGAGGUGGCGCUUUUGGUGGCGGCGGAGGUAGUGGUGCGUUUGGUGGUGGAGGCGGAGGUGCCUACGGAGGACCCGGUGGAGGCGGUGGUGGGCCAAGAGGAGGACCCGGAGGAGGCCAAGAGAUACCUAUCGUCUCGUUCAACAAUCAGAAUGCCGGUGAUGGCAACUACCAAUUCAGCUACGAAACAGGAAAUGGUAUCAGUGCGCAAGAAACGGGUCACCAGCAAGGUAACGCGGAAGCGGUGAGCGGAUCAUACUCGUACACCGGACCUGAUGGUGUACAGUAUAGCAUCAGCUACACCGCGGAUGAAGAAGGUUUCCAUCCCCAAGGCGCACAUUUGCCAACACCACCUCCAAUUCCACCAGAAAUUCAACGAGGCGUCGAGUUAGCACUCGCGGCUGAGGCCAGAGGCGAAAAUCAAGAUACUUCCGGUGGUGGUGGUGGUGGCGGUAAUGGUGGCGGAGGCGGAUAUCCUUCAGGGGGCGGUGGAGGUGGUGGUGGUGGCGGCGGCCGAGGAGGUGGCGGAGGUGGUGGACCUUAUCAGGGUCCAAACUCGUACCAAACAAGCUCGGGCGGAUACCAUUAUUAGACGACACCGCACAAGUCAUUACGUAUUACACGAUCAAUCUUGUUCCAUUACAGUAAUAUCAUUUAAAGGCGGACGUAUGUACAUAAGAAUAUAUCGUUUAUGUAACUUUCUUAUUUAUAUAAAAUGUGAGAACCUUA